GUUGCGUUCACUGUUUUGGGGUCGGAGAGCACGAAUGAGGUAGUUAACGUUUAACUUGAGUUGUAAUCCUGUGACAGAUGGCGAAUAAAUCGGAUCCGGGCGCUGUUCGCUUCUGCUUUUUGCACGCGCCAGUUUGUUGGUCACAGAAUAAGAAAUAAAGCACGCCAGGAUGGCAGAUAAAGGAUUGCUGAAGUGGACAGUUAUCGUGCUCACAUGUCAACAUAGAGACAGUGUUUAUGCCUUCCAGAGAGAGCUGGAGGUGCGUCAGAAGCGUGGUGUUCUCCCGGAGGAUGCCCUGCUGCUGACCGUUCCUGACCCUCACGCCCGGCUGGGCAGCGGUGGGGCCACACUGAACGCCCUGCUGGUGGCUGCAGAACACCUGAGCGCCAGAGCCGGAUACAGCGUGGUGAACGCAGAUGUUCUGGAUGAAGCUCACAUUCUCAUCCUACACACGGGCAGAGAUUUCCCAUGGGACGGCUGCAGCAGGGCUUUCUGCUGGAUGCCUGUACAGAGAUCAGAUGCUGUAGAAGGAGCCGUUUGCUGUUUAGACCUGCUGUUAGACUGUCUGUCCACAAAGAUUUGUGCUGGUUCUCCGCCAGGCGUUUGGGUGUGCAGCACUGAUGUGAUCCUGAAUAUUCCAACACGACAGCUGAUUUCAUGGGACGGGUUCUCUGGGGUUCGGGUUGUGGCAUUGCCAGGUGAUGUUAGUUUUGCUGUUAAUCAUGGCGUCUAUCUCACUGAUGCAGAGGCCAGAGUAUGUAACAUUAUCUAUAAGGGCUCAAAGGAGAAGAUCAGCUGUGCUGCACUGCCCGAUGGGAAAGUACCCCUGGUUUCCGGCCCGGUGUUUUUCUCUAGGACUGUGGCAGAGAAACUCUUACAGACUCAUGUUACGUCACCAUUGGACGGCUGUACGUAUCUUGGCAUGGAUUCGGGAGCUCCACCGCUUGAGAUAUCUCUUUUUCUGGAUAUUCUGCUGUGCCUUUGCUCUGACCUGACAGAGCGUGAAUUCAUCAAUGGAGAGAGAACAGGCUGCUCUUCACCCUCCGGACCUCAGGGGGCAGUAGUGAGGAGCAGCCGCGCUUUGCUGUGGAGGACCCUCAGGGGACCCUCCAUCUCGAUGUUGUACAUUCCAGAUGGUUGCUAUGAUUAUUUGACUCAAUCAGGCCGAGAACAUGUCAUUCGUCUGACAGAAACUGGAACUGAGACGAUGAUUGUCUCUCAUAUUCAGGAUGUGAAGUCUGUGGCAGAAGGCAGCAGGGUGAUUAAUAGCAUCCUGGAAGGAGAUGUUCAUGUAUCAGCAGGAGCUGUUGUGCAGCACUGCCACCUACAGGGUCCAGUCCAGGUGCAUUCUGGGUGCCUGCUGUCAGGGCUUGAUUUGACUUCAUCCUGCAUCCAGCGACUACCCCUGUCCAGUGACAUCAUCAUUCAGGGACAUCGAGUGAUGCUGGGAGAGUUAAAGUUAACAGUGUUCACAGCUUUUGGAGCUCAUGACAAUUUAGAGGCCUGCACUGAUGAUGUCAAUUCAUCAUUCCUUAAUCAAAAAUGGAGUGAUUUUUAUAGUCGGACUGGAAUACAGCCUCAGUACCUUUGGGGACCUGAGAGGACUGAGCCAUGCUGUCUGCUGGACGCCCGAUUGUUCCCAGUGUUCAUGCCACAUUCAGGACCCGUUGGACUAGAGGGUGUUUGUUGGCUCCUGGGUGGCGCUGGUGGUCUGGACAGCUGGAGGGAAGCCUGGAGACUCUCACUCAGGGAUAUUCUCAUCCUGACGGACCAGCAGAGAGAGCUGCGCUGGAGAGAGAAGCUGUUCUUCAGUGUGGGCCGAAGGAGAGCCGUGGACACUCUGCAGGGCCACAUGAAUCUCAGUCUACAGCCGUUCUUCAGAGCAGCAGCUCUGGUCGGCCAGCAGGAGGAGCUACUGCAGGUGCUGGACUCUGUGGCUGCAGGCAGCAGUGGUGAUCUGGGAGUAGCGGCUCGUUGUCUCGCCUGUAUCGCUGAUGUCCUUGGCUGUCUGGCUGGAGAGGGUAAAGGCGGUUUACGCAGCGGGCCAGCAGCGAAUCCAUCAUGGGCUCCUGCUUUUAAGCUCCUAGAAGAGGGAAACUUACCUGCAGGUGUCCAAGAACUGGCCAAUCAAAGAAAGCACUGGCUCAGCAGACCAGAUUUGUUGGUGAGAGCCGCCAGGCAUUAUGAGGGGGCAGGACAGAUACUGCUGCGGAAGGCAGUGAUGUCAGCGCGUGAGUUUGUGUUCAUUGGUCAAGGAGAAAUGCCGCCCAUGGGCGAAUGGCAGGAAGUGGAGUGUCCUGCUCGACUGGAUCUGUCAGGUGGCUGGAGUGACACUCCUCCUAUAGCGUUUGAACAUGGUGGACUGGUGGUCAAUGUGGCCAUUAAGGUGGAUGGAAAACGGCCAAUUGGAGCUCGAGUUCGGCGCGUUCCAGAGCCUCAUCUGCUGUUGGUCAGUAGCAGCGGUAAACCGGCCUGCAGCAUCUCCACAGAAACACUCUGUGAGGAUCUUACUGACCUGGAAGACUAUUGCCAACCUCACGCUCCGGGUGCCCUGCUAAAAGCCGUGUGUGUGUGCAGUGAGCUGGUGUGUGUAUCGUCUCCUGUCUCUCUGAAAGAGCAGUUGUUACAGCGCUGGGGUGGAGGACUGGAGAUCCACAGCUGGUCUUCACUGCCACAUGGUUCUGGUCUCGGCACCAGCAGUAUCCUGGCAGGUGCAGCUCUUGCAGCAGUGUACAGAUGCACGGGACGGAGCUACGACACAAACUCUCUCAUUCAUGAUGUGCUUUACCUGGAGCAGAUACUCACCACCGGUGGUGGAUGGCAGGACCAGGUUGGUGGGCUGUUUGGAGGAGUGAAACUGGCCCGAUCUGCAGCUCAGUUACCGCUGAGAGUGGAAGUAGAACAGCUCUCUCUGAGUCGAGACUUCCUGUCUGUCCUGCAGCAGCAUCUUCUUCUGGUUUACACUGGAAAGACGCGUUUAGCACGGAACCUGCUGCAGGAUGUGGUGCGGAGCUGGUAUGCGCGUUUACCCUCCAUCGUACAGAACGCAGAGCAGCUGGUGACCAAUGCAGAGGAGUGUGCUGAAGCCUGCAGAGACGGAUCUCUCCUCAGAUUGGGGGAGUGUAUGGACACAUACUGGCAGCAGAAGAAGCUGAUGGCUCCAGGCUGUGAGCCAGCGGCAGUGAGAUCCAUGAUGAACGCACUUCAGCCGCUGAGUUUAGGACAGAGUCUGGCAGGAGCAGGAGGAGGAGGAUUCCUGUUCUUACUCGCCCGUGAGCCGCAGCAGAAGGAAGCAGUGAGAGAGAUUCUCACAAACAUACAGGGCAUUGGCUCCUUCAGUGUUCAUUCAGUGGAGCUGGAUAUGGAUGGGAUCUCAAUCAUUCAGAAGAGCUCUGAACAUUCUGAACAACAGCAGAUAACAUAAAUCUGAGUGCCUUGUAAAUAUCAAUUUAAUUGAUAUUAAUUCUGUAAAUGUAUCAUUUAUUAUUAACUUUUCUCUUUCCUGAAGCAUUAUAUUAAAUAUAUAAAAAUACCUGAAAAUUACACAACAUCAGGUUUUUCUUUCCUUUUUACUAAAUUUAAUAAACUAU